AGCGCGGCCGCGGGUGGGCGGAGCUGGCCGGGAUGAGCGGCGGAGGGACGGAGACCCCCGUGGUUUGUGAGGCCGCCUCGGGCGGCGGCGGCGUCAGCGGCAAGAAGAAGGACUCGCUGGGGACCGCGGGCUCGCCAGCCCACCUCAUUAUCAAGGAUCUCGGAGAAAUUCAUUCAAGGCUGUUAGAUCACAGACCAGUUAUCCAAGGUGAAACCCGUUAUUUUGUGAAAGAAUUUGAAGAAAAACGUGGUCUUCGAGAAAUGCGAGUUCUUGAAAACUUGAAGAAUAUGAUCCAUGAGACAAAUGAACAUACUCUUCCCGCGUGCAGGGAGGCCAUGCACGACAGCUUGAACCACGUUCUCCAGAGACUGCAAGCAGCUACGGACUCGGUCUGUAGGCUCCAACAGAGGGAACAGGAGCGAAACAAGAUGCGUAAUGACCAUUUAAUAGCUAGUGAGAAACAGCAUAUAAUGCAGUGGGAGGAUUUCAUGAAAGAACAACACAGCAAACAGGCUGAAGUGGACGAAGAGCACAGAACAGCCAUGGAGAGGCUGAAAGAACAAUACGCCGAGAUGGAGAGGGGCCUGGCAAAAUACCCAGCCUUUGGAGAACUUGAGCCAUAACAGUGACAGACUGAUGAGAAAAUACUGCCUCCCCUCAGAAACCGCUCAGCCUCUGCCUCAAGUUGAGCAGUGUAUUCAGUGUCACUCUUCUGCAGAAAAAAGAAACUGCUACCGGAGUCUUAGCUGUUUCCUAGAAGAAGAAUGCCACAUCUUCCCAGUUUUAAUUUCCUGUAUCUGCCUGUAUCUCUAAAUGGGGAGAAGUAGGAGGAAAAUGGUAUAAACACACUCUUUGUUAAUGAGGAUUGGUCUUAGUUUCCAUUGAUUAUCUCGGAGAACUGUAAAUACAGACUUCUUAGAAAAGUAAUUUAAUUCAUUCUUAUGCAGGGUUAAUGUUACUUUAUUAUUGUGGCUCAGAAGGCCGAUAUGGUGGCUGCCAGUCAGAGCCUCCCUGGCUCUUGGAAGAGUGUGUACAGUGUUAUUCCAUGAGUAAUGUACUGAGAAACAACUGUCUUGGGAGCAGAGACCACAUUGAAGAGAGUCAAAACUUUGUCUCUGCUCUUCAAAGAGAGCCACGUUGGUCUCUGAAUUGGCCUGUUAGGAGAAGUUGCAGAUUUUGCAUGGCAGCGUAAUGCCGUGUUUCACUGGAUGACAAGACAUGCUUGUUAAGUUUGUGGCCUUCCAGCACUUCAUAUUUUCAGCUUUUAAAAUGUGCUCACAAGGAAAAGCUUACCAAAAAUAGAGUUGACUUUUAACCUUUCCAAGAACCAUAAUCUUGCCCAUAGAUUUACCUCAUUUUUACGUGUGUUUUGCUGUGGGUAAGCUUUGUAAGAUAAAUAAUGUCUAUACAUGUUUCAGCUGUUUAAUGAGUAAUCAGCAAAAUCUGCCAGGGCGUCCCUCUGGAACCAUAUAAAGAUUCUGGCUCUGAGUAAACCAGAAGUAUUUGCCCACAUGGCAAAUGAUCCAUGUUAAAUGUAAAUCCUUUUUAGUGUUUAAUGUCUGUUCUCAUCAGCAGGUGUAUUAAGAUGAAACAUGUACCAGUUCUGUCAUCACUGUGAUCUUUAAAAAUCUGCAUUUACCAAUCUAAUUGAGGAACUAAGUUGAUUUUUUAUUUGCCAUAAACCAAGCAGAAUUAAAUGCAAUAAUUUCAAGAGAUUUAUGGCAAAUGAAUUUGAGGUAUGGAUAAAUCUUUCAGGUCUUUUUUUUUUUUUUUAUUGCUCUUCAGUAAAGAAAGGCACAAGAAAGAAAAUACUCAACUCUUGUGUUAUCUCAGUGUUGCUACUGCAGAAAAGUGACAAUGCUUGCUUGUGUAAAUUUAUGGCUUGCUGUCAAAGCUUCAUUCUUGGCUGCAUGUUGAAAAUGUGAUUAAAGUUAAUAGAGGAGA